AUGUUGAUUCAGGCGUUAAUUUUAUUAACUGCUUUACUGCUUUAUUUUAUUAAUUACUACGCUAAAUAUAACGAAAGUUACUGGAAACAACGUGGUGUAGCCUUUCAUCCGAGGAAUAAAAUCUGGGGUCCAUUUUGGGAUUUCAUUUUUGGUGAGCGGGCGUUUUUUGAAGUACUCGGUGACAUUUACAAAAAAUAUCCUGAUGCACCCGCCGUUGGUGUUGGUUCUGUGAGUUCUCCGACUGUGCUUGUCAGAGAUGUUACAAACAUACGACACAUUAUGCAAAUGGAUUUUGAGUCCUUCAACCACAGAGUAAUUGAAGUACAACCAGGAGUCCGAUUGGCUGACAGUAUUCCGUUUAUGAACGGCAAGCGAUGGAAGCUAAUGCGUCAAAGUAUGACACCCUUAUUCAGUGUCGCCAAACUUAAGAAUAUGUACAGUGUAAUGGACAAAAGUGCGCAAGAUUUUGUAAAAUAUUUGAAUGAUCACCCUGAGAAGUUAAAAGGAAAUGCUUUUGAAACCCUUUCUACAUUUUGUAGUGCAGCAAUUGGCGCUUCAGUAUUUGGUAUUACUACAGAGUCCAUCUUUGAUUCACCUUUUCUUCAUAUGGCACAAAGUGCACUCGUGUCUACAUUUUGGACAAACUUGAGAUUUUCUCUUGUACUCAUCAGUCCUUGGUUAUUCCGAAAGCUGAAACUAGCGAUAUUCGCAGAGCAUGAAACAUUUUUCAUCAAAGCUGUAAAGCAGCUGAUACGGCAAAGGGAGAAGGAAUGUGUGAAGAAACCUGAUUUCGCAGACAUAUGCAUAAAUUUGCAAAAGAAAGGAGAGAUAAGAGAUGAAGAAACCGGAUAUAGCAUUAAGCCCACUGAUGAGCUUAUGGCGGCUCAAGCAUUUUUCUUUUUCAUAGCUGGCGUUGAGCCUAGUGCAACAGCUUUGUUUUGUACUUUAAUUGAACUAGGUCGUAAUCCAGAUGUAUUGAAGCGCGCUCAUGACGAAAUUGAUGAUAUUUUUAGGAAGUAUAAUAACACUCUAACCUAUGAGAGCCUGUCUGAUGCGAAAUAUCUUGAGAAGGUUUUGAAUGAAGGCUUGAGACUGUAUCCUCCUAUUGGUAUACUUAGAAGAAAAUGUGUAAAAGAUUCCGUACUACCUGUUGGGAAUAUCAAAAUAGAGAAAGGAACAAAAAUAUUUCUAAGUCCAUUCCAAGUUCAACGUGAUCCAAAGCACUUUCUGGAACCUGAUAAAUUUAUUCCGGAAAGAUUUUCUCAUGAAUCAGAAGGAUUUACUGAUCAUGCAUAUAUGUCUUUUGGAAAAGGAAAUAGGAUCUGUCUAGGAGAACGAUUCGCCCGAAUACAAAUAAUGACUGGUUUUAUAUAUUUACUUCGAUACUUCACAGUAAAAACUCACGUUCAAGGUGAUAAAAUAAAGUACAAAAAAGAACAGUUUCAAGUUACACCCUCAAAUGCUGAUGUAGAAUUUAUACCAAGGAAUAUCGAAGUAAUGACAUAA